CCAGAAUAUUUGGUCAAGACUCGGGGACCCACCUUUCCGCCUCCACGCCGUUCCCAGACCCAGUUUGCGUAUUCGUCAGUCUCGCUUGAUUACCGACAUACACCAUCUUCUAGGGCUACCCCAUCUCUCUGUAAAAGAACAUCGUUUAUAAAAAAAAAAGGAAAUUUACACCUUCUUUCUCCCUGGUCGGAGAAAAAGCGUACCAGUGUACAGCAUUUUUUUUUUUUUUUUGGGGGGGGGCGCUCGAGAUUUCGGUUGAAGAUGGCGGAUUCGGUAUUGUUACGGAUGUUGGAGUCGGCGCUGGGGAUUUCCCUGGGCGGCUCGGUAUCGGACUCGGUGGUGGUCAUCCUGACUACGUCUGUGGCGGUGAUAAUCGGGCUGUUGGUGUUGAUGUGGAGGAGAUCGUGGGAUCGGAGUGGUACCAGGGAGGUGAAGCCGGUGGUGGUGCCCAAGUUUUCGGCCGAGGACGACGAGGUCGAGGCAGACUCCGGGAAGACUAAGGUUGCCGUUUUCUUCGGUACUCAGACUGGCACUGCGGAGGGCUUCGCUAAGGCUUUAGCUGAAGAAAUCAAGGCAAGAUAUGAUAAAGCAGCCGUCAAAGUUGUUGACCUGGACGAUUAUGCUGCGGAUGAUGAUCAAUAUGAAGAAAAGCUGAAGAAAGAGACUUUGGCCUUUUUCAUGCUGGCCACUUAUGGAGAUGGGGAGCCAACUGAUAAUGCUGCUAGAUUUUGCAAAUGGUUUACUGAGUGUAAAGAUAGGGCCCCAUGGCUUCAACAACUCAGAUACGGUGUUUUUGGCUUGGGUAACCGGCAAUAUGAACAUUUCAAUAAGAUUGGGAAGGUGGUUGAUGAACAACUUAGCGAACAAGGUGCUAAGCGUCUUAUUGCAGUUGGUUUAGGUGAUGAUGAUCAAUGUAUUGAGGAUGAUUUUACUGCUUGGAGGGAACAAUUGUGGCCUGAGUUAGAUCAGUUGCUCCGAGAUGUAGAUGAUGCAAAUACUGUAUCUACUCCAUACACAGCUGUUAUUCCUGAAUAUAGAGUAGUGAUUCAUGAUCCUAUUGUUACAUCCUGUGUUGAUAGUUACUUAAACAUGGCAAAUGGGACUGCGUCAUUUGAUAUACACCAUCCUUGCAGAGUCAAUGUUGCCGUUCAAAAAGAGCUUCACAAACCUGAAUCCGAUCGAUCCUGCAUACAUCUGGAGUUUGAUAUUUCGGGGACUGGUAUUAUGUAUGAAACUGGCGACCAUGUAGGUGUUUAUGCUGAUAAUUGUGAUGAAGCUGUUGAAGAAGCUGGAAAAUUGUUGGGUCAACCUCUAGAUUUGCUGUUCUCUAUUUAUGCUGAUAAUGAUGAUGGCACACCCCUUGGAAGCACAUUGCCGCCUCCUUUCCCCGGUCCUUGCACACUCCGGACUGCAUUGGCACGUUACACAGAUCUAUUAAGUCCUCCUCGGAAGGCUGCUCUAAUUGCUUUGGCUGCCCAUGCUGUUGACCCUAGUGAAGCAGAGAGACUUAAGUUUUUGUCAUCCCCUCAGGGGAAGGAUGACUAUUCCAAAUGGGUUGUUGGAAGUCAGAGAAGUCUCCUGGAGGUAAUGGCUGAGUUCCCAUCAGCAAAGCCUCCUCUUGGUGUUUUUUUGGCAGCAAUAGCGCCUCACUUGCAGCCCCGUUACUAUUCAAUCUCAUCCUCUCCUAGAUUUAUGUCCCAUCGAGUUCAUGUGACCUGUGCUUUAGUUUACGGUCCAACUCCCACUGGCAGAAUUCAUAAAGGAGUGUGUUCAACCUGGAUGAAGAAUGCAAUACCUCUGGAGAAGAGCCAUGGCUGUAGCUGGGCUCCUAUUUUUAUUCGACAAUCUAAUUUCAAGUUACCAGCUGAUCAUUCACUUCCUGUUAUCAUGGUGGGACCUGGUACUGGCUUGGCACCUUUCAGAGGAUUUCUACAGGAAAGAGCAGCCCUUAAAGAGGCAGGUGUGCAACUUGGCCCUGGAUUACUCUUCUUUGGAUGCAGAAACCGCCGGAUGGAUUUCAUUUACGAGGACGAGCUAAAUAAUUUUGUGGAACAAGGUGUGCUGUCAGAGCUGAUUGUUGCAUUUUCGAGGGAGGGGCCAGAGAAGGAGUAUGUUCAACAUAAGUUGAUGGACAAAGCUGCGUACGUAUGGAGCUUAAUUUCUGAGGGGGGGUAUUUCUAUGUUUGUGGUGAUGCCAAGGGUAUGGCCCGCGAUGUUCAUCGGACUUUGCAUACAAUUGUCCAACAGCAAGAAAAUGUGGAUUCAUCGAAGGCAGAGGCUAUAGUGAAGAAACUCCAAAUGGAUGGACGAUACCUCAGAGAUGUAUGGUGACAGUUCCACUUUGGUGCCGAAUGUAGAAGUCAAUUUAUUCAUCUCCAAGUCCAAGUCUCUUUGAUUGGCAAGUUCCUGCCCUCCUGGAGUUUUUAUGUAGCAGCAGAUUGGGACAAAGGUGAUGGAAACUAAAACCUGGUUUCCUACAACCCCAUCAAAGAAAAUAGGGGCCACAUUUAUUGUUAGGAACAGCAGCAUAGUAGCUCAAUGACAAAGAUUCCAGGAACAGAAUACUCCACAGGUGAUUAUUAGGUGGUGUUGGGAUUGUGUUGCAUGAAUAAUUGUAAUAGUCAAUGCUGUUAUAGCAUAUAAUAAAGCAGAACUCUGAACAUUUGAUUCAGACAGAUCGAUUCACCCAAAAUGUGUGGGGUUGCGAUCUGUAUGAUUUAGUAGUGAAAUGGUUCUGCUGGUUGAACUUAUAGACAGAAUAUUUGUGUUCCUUACCAUUGCUGCCGUUUGGCUUA